UAAAGCUAAUAGCUAGGUGGGGUGUUUAUUUACUGAAGUAUAUUUUGUAUGAACUAAUGAUUCAUUAGAGAUCAAAUAGUUGUGAAACUGUUAAAUUCAACGACUAAAUGAAUUAAGUUACGUAUGAUAUUGCGGCAGUACUAACUGCUGUGACAAUCUAGUGCAGCAAAAUAUCGACUGUGUAUUGGACUUGUUCUUUCCGUGUUUAUCAAAAUAUAAAUCAUGUCUGUGAGUGAAAAGGUGUCCCUUUCUGAUGCGUUGAGCAACGUGGAUGUCCUGGAUGAGCUAACUUUACCAGACGAGCAGCCCUGUAUAGAGGCCGCGCCAUGUUCCAUCCUCUACCAGGCCAACUUUGACACCAACUUUGAGGAUCGGAAUGGCUUCGUCACCGGCAUCGCCAAGUACAUUGAGGAGGCCACCGUCCACGCCAACCUGAACGAACUGCUGGAGCAGGGUAACGCCCACGCGGUGAUGCUGUACACCUGGAGAUGCUGCAGUCGCGCUAUCCCUCAGCCGAGGUCCAACGAGCAACCCGACAGGGUCCACAUCUACGAGAGGACCGUGCAGGUGUUGGCUCCAGAGGUCAACAAGCUGCUGCAGUUCAUGUACUUCCAGCGCAAGGCUAUAGAGCGGUUCUGCGGCGAGGUCCGGCGGCUGUGUCACGCCGAGAAGCGACGCGACUUCGUCUCCGAGGCCUACCUCCUCACGCUUGGCAAGUUCGUCAACAUGUUCGCGGUGUUGGACGAACUGAAGAAUAUGAAGAGCUCCGUCAAGAACGACUACUCCACCUACAGGCGCGCCGCUCAGUUCCUGAAGGUGAUGUCGGACAGCCAGAGUCUGCAGGAGUCUCAGAACCUGUCCAUGUUCCUCGCCACGCAGAACAAGAUAAGAGACACGGUCAAGGACGCGCUGGAGAAGAUCACUGGGUACGAGGACCUGCUGUGUGACGUGGUCAACAUCUGUGUGCACAUGUUCGAGACCAAGAUGUAUCUGACGCCCUCAGAGAAACACAUGCUGGUGAAGGUGAUGGGGUUCGGUCUGUUCCUCAUGGACUCCGAGGUGUGCAACAUCAACCGGCUGGACCAGAAGAAGAAGAUAAGGCUCGACCGCAUCGACAGGAUCUUCAAGAACCUGGAGGUGGUGCCGCUGUUCGGGGACAUGCAGAUCGCUCCUUUCAACUACAUCAAGCGCUCCAAGCACUACGACCCCAGCAAGUGGCCGCUGUCGUCCAGUCCGAGCCCGCCGUCGCCCCAGGCGGACCUGAUGGUGCACCUGCCUCAGAUCCGCGACGAGCACCAGGACUACAUCUCGGAGCUGGCGAGGUACAGCAACGAGGUCACCACAACCUUCAAGGAGGCCGGCUCCGACGCCGAGAACCGCGCGGUCUGCGAGCUGUGUCUGCGGGGCCUGCAGCUGCUGUCGUCCUGGUGCUCCGUGCUCACCGAACUGUGCUCCUGGAAGCUGCUGCACCCCACAGACCACGCCACCAACCCGCGCUGUCCGCCGGACGCCGAGGAGUAUGAGCGGGCCACCCGGUACAACUACACGUCGGAGGAGAAGUUCGCGGUGAUCGAGGUGGUCGCCAUGAUCAAGGGUCUGCAGGUGCUCAUGGCGCGGAUGGAGACCGUGUUCGCGGACGCCGCGAGGAGGGCCAUCUACGCCGAGCUGCAGGACUUCGUCACGCUGGCGCUGAGGGAACCGCUGCGGAAGGCCAUCAAGAACAAAAAGGACCUCAUCAGGAGCAUCAUAGUGUCGGUGAGGGAGACCUGCGGCGACUGGGCGCGGGGGUGCGAGCCGCAGCAGGACCCGGCGCUGCGAGGGAAGAAGGACUCCGAGAACAGCUUCACCAUCAAGGUGCCGCGGAGGAACGUGGGUCCGUCGUCGACCCAGCUGUACAUGGUGCGCACCCAGCUGGAGGCCCUCAUAAGCGACAAAAGCGGCGGCCGCAGGACUCUCCGCAAGGACCUGGACGCCGGCAUCCUCCAGCAGAUAGAGACCUUCCACAGGCAGAGCUUCUACUGGACCUACCUGCUGAACCUGGCCGACAGCCUGUCCAAGUGCUGCGACCUGUCCCAGCUGUGGUACCGCGAGUUCUACCUGGAGAUGACCAUGGGCAGGAAGGUCAACAAGUGUACGGUCCGCCACCAGCACAACGAGGAGUGUAACGACCUCAUCACCAUGGAGAAGAGGAUCCAGUUCCCCAUAGAGAUGUCCAUGCCCUGGAUCCUCACCGAGCACAUCCUCCGCAGCAAGGACCCCUCCAUGAUGGAGUACGUGUUGUAUCCUCUGGACCUGUACAACGACUCGGCGCAGUACGCCCUGACGGUGUUCAAGAAGCAGUUCCUGUACGACGAGGUGGAGGCCGAGGUCAAUCUGUGCUUCGACCAGUUCGUGUACAAGCUGUCCGAGCUCGUGUACUCGCACUACAAGCAGCUGGCGGCCAGUAUGUUGCUGGACACCCGAUACCGCGCGGACUGCGCUGCCCGAGGCGCGGGCGCUGCGCCCUCGGCCGGGGGCGCCGGCAGGUACGCCUCGCUGCUGAGACAGAGACACGUGGCGCUGCUUGGCCGGCACGUGGACCUGUGCGCGCUGGUGGCGCAGAGGAUCAACGCUGACAUGCACCGCGCGCUGGACGCGGCCGUCGCCAAGUUCGAGGCUGGAGAUAUCACGGGCGUUGUGGAGCUGGAGGGUCUUAUCGCCGUGAACCGCCUGUGCCACAAGCUGCUGUCCCGCUACCUGACCCUGGACGAGUUCGACGCCAUCCUCCGCGAGUCGGACCACGGCGUGCUAGCUCCGUACGGCCGCAUCACGCUGCACGUGUUCUGGGAGCUCAACUACGACUUCCUGCCCAACUACUGCUACAACGCCGCCACCGACCGGUUCGUGAAGUGUCGCGGGAUCCAGUUCGCCGCGCCGGUGGUCCGCGAGAAGCCCCAGCAGUUCGGCCACGCCGUGCUGUGGGGCUCCAAGCAGCUCAGCCUGGCAUACUCCGCCCAGUACGCGCAGUACAACGGGUUCGUGGGUCCGCAGCACCUGCACUCGCUGGUGCGUCUGCUGGGCUACCAGGGCGUGUCGGUGGUGGUGUCGGAGCUGCUGGGCGUGGCGCGCAUGUUGCUGCACGGGAACCUGGCGCAGUUCACGCGAGCCCUGGCCGCCGCCAUGCCGCGCCACUGCAAGCUACCCCGAUACGACUACGGGUCCAACGGUGUGCUGGGUUACUACCACGCCCAGCUGACGGACAUCGUGCAGUACCCGGACGCCAGGACCGAGCUGUUCCACUCGUUCCGGGAACUGGGGAACAUCAUCCUGUUCUGUAUGUUGAUAGAACAGGCGCUGAGUCAGGAGGAGGUGACGGACCUGCUGCACGCGGCUCCCUUCCAGAACAUUCUGCCGCGACCCUUCACCGCAGAGGGAGAGAAGCCGGAGACCAAGCAGAAGCGACUCGAAGCCAAGUACGCCCCGCUACAGAUAGUGCAGAACGUGGAGAAAUACGGAACGGCCAAGCAAAGCCAGCUGUCUCGCGAGGGUGACCUGCUGACUCGCGAGCGCCUGUGCUGCGGCCUGUCCCUGUUCUCGGUGGUGCUGAGACGCCUCAAGGCCGUGCUGAGCGCGCCGGCCUGGCCCGCGCCGCCCUCCUCACAACACACCUACAUUCACACCGACGACACCGCCGAGUUCCACAGGCUGUGGUCCGCCCUGCAGUUCCUGUACUGCAUCCCGGUGGGCGACACGCAGUUCACGGUGGAGGAGCUGUUCGGCGAGGGCCUGCACUGGGCGGGCUGCACCAUCAUCGCCCUGCUGGGGCAGCAGAGACGCUUCGAGGCGCUCGACUUCUGCUACCACAUCCUCAGGGUGCAGAGGGUGGACGGCAAGGACGAGCUCGUCAAGGGAAUCCCCCUCAAGCGGAUGGUGGACCGCAUCCGUCGCUUCCAGGUGUUGAACUCCCAGAUCUUCAGCGUGUUGUCCCGACACCUGGCCGCGGACGACGAGCGCUCGGGAGUCGAACACGUGCGGUGCUACCCCCCGCCCGCCGCCCACCACCCCUAGGACACGCGUUGGAUGGGUCAUUUGUCCAGUAAUACUCGAGGAAUAUGAAUUAGUCAGCCAACAUAUACUGAGCUCUGACGUCACAGACUCGCUCACAGUAGUUGCACUAUAAGUCAGCGUCCAGGUGACCCGGCGGUGUGUUUCCCGCCACACGUUCAGUAUUUAAUGUCCUUAGCGUAUUUCGUUUCUGUCAUGAAUGUAUCUUUAUUAUAGUCCUGCGUAUUCCAAA